AUGUAUCUGGGCUUUGAUAAUUUGGGCAGUGAAAGUUUUCAUCCAACGAAUUCAUCUGUCCAUCAUAACAAUAAUCAGUUCCCUUUUCAUCCUUCCAUGUCAGAACCAGGCCCGCCUGACAUGACAGCGAAGGCUCCCGUUGUUACUGGUGAUUUGGGGAUGUACGAUAUGAAUGGAAUCUCGCUACAAGCCAUGAAAGCGAAGGAACAAUUCCAAAUGAGAACACCAAACAAGUAUAUUCCUAUUGUUCGUGAUGAAACCUUAUCCUCCUAUCAACGCUCUGGUAUGUUAUCGCCAGGUGCAAAAAUCCCCGAGACAGUUAGUCUUUCAGAUGUCUCAAAAGCUGAACAUUAUGGAGAAGCAACCCCUUUACGAUCUGAGAAUGUCGCUCCUUCAAUGAUGGGCAUGUCUCCCUCCCAAAUGCCUUUGGAUCCUUCACUUGGGUUAAAGAGUUUUCAGCGUGCCCCUUCCAAAGCCUUUUCAUUCGACAAUGGAAAAAACACUCCCUAUCAACUAAUUCCAGACGAUUCUUCCCAUUUAGAGCCCUACUCUGUACAUUCUCCUAGCUAUCAUGAGUCUGCGUCUGUACAAUCGUCUUUUUCCAAUCCCACAACCCCUCAAAAGCAAAAGGCUUUAACUCCUAAUAGUUCAGAUUAUGGUUCACCUAAACAGGACCUAGGAAGCAUUUCUGAGACGAAACGAUCGUCUCGUAUGCGCCAUAGUAUAACUUCUUUAGAAGGCGAUGGUACUGGCAAGAGAAAGCGGUUUUUGGAAAGAAAUAGGAUUGCUGCAUCUAAAUGUAGACAGAAAAAAAAGCUUUGGACCAAAGACUUGGAAAACUCUGCUAGAAUUGCCUGUGAGCAAUCAAAAGCCCUGAGAUCUUUGGUCGCUCAAUUACGAGAAGAAGUUUUAUGUUUGAAGAACCAAUUGCUAGCCCAUCAAGAUUGUGGAUGCGAAGGCAUAAGACAGUAUCUUUCUUCAGAGGCGAUGGGCAUCAUGUCAGCUCUUCAAAAACACUGA